CAGAUAAUCGGCGUUUAAAUCUCAUGAAAACGAUUCAUACAUUUCCUAUGAAUUGAAUGCAAAACCAUUUUGUGACACAUUUUUAUGCCUUUUAUUUGUUGUGAAAAACAAAUGAUAAUAUAAAACAUGAAUUCAAUUGUAUUGAAAAAGUGGACACUUUUGGCCCACAAUUGCAAUGAUUUGCGAAAUUGCAUUCAAUUCGACACAUAUUUGAAACAAAUAACCCGAAGAAUGAGUUCAGUGUUGACCACAGACUCAAUCAAUCAAAGGGUCAGACAUAUGGAGUACGCCGUGAGGGGACCUAUUCCUCAGAGAGCCGGACAAUUGGAGAAAGAGUUGAAAUCAGGUUCGGGUGAGAAGAAGCCCUUCGAUGAAGUGAUCCGCGCAAACAUUGGUGAUUGUCAUGCAAUGCAACAAAAGCCCAUCACUUUCUUCAGACAAGUGCUGUCCGGAUCUGCGAAUCCAUUGGAAAUGCAUUCAAAUCCAAAGAUUCCCAAAGAAGUGAAGGAAAGAGUGGAUGAAUUGCUGAACGGAUGCGGCGGUGCGUCUGUCGGCGCGUAUUCAGAGUCCACAGGAGUUGAGAUAAUCCGAAGACAUGUCGCCCAAUAUAUUGAGGAAAGGGAUGGCCUGCCGAGCGAUUGGCAGAAUAUAGUGCUCACAACGGGUGCCUCUGAGGGCGCGAAAGCUAUUCUCGGUUUUAUAAACUCGACGGCAGACGAAGGCAUUCCGACGGGUGUUAUGGUUCCGAUACCGCAAUACCCGUUAUAUUCGGCCACUUUGACUGAAAUGGGAAUGAAUCUCAUUUCAUACUAUUUGGACGAACAAAACCAAUGGGCGCUCGACAUCAACGAACUCCGCAGAGCUCUCAAUGAAUCAAAGAGUGUCUGCAAACCAAAGGCUAUUGUGGUUAUAAACCCGGGAAACCCGACCGGUUCUGUACUCACCAAAGAUAAUAUUGAAAAUAUCAUUCGUUUCGCCAAUGAAAACAAUUUAAUGAUAAUCGCCGACGAAGUCUAUCAGCACAACAUAUGGGAUCCGAGCGCACAGUUCUUCUCAUUCAAAAAAGUGAUGAAUGAAUUGGGAAUCAAACUAGAAUUGGCUUCAAUGAUGAGCGCUUCCAAAGGUUUUAUGGGUGAGUGCGGUCUGAGAGGCGGUUAUUUAGAAUUAGCCAACUUUGACAGCCAAGUGAAGGCUAUCUUCUACAAGAUGUUGAGCGCACGGCUCUGUUCUUCAGUGUUGGGCCAAAUAGCAAUGGAUUGUGUUGUGAAUCCUCCGCCAAAAGAGACCCAAUCUUACGAUCUAUACAUGAAGGAAAAGAAAGAAGGACUGGAAUCGCUCCGAACGAGGGCUCAAUUGAUUGCCGAGACAUUCAAUUCCAUUGAAGGCAUUCAGUCUAACCGAGUGGCCGGCGCUAUGUAUGCCUUUCCCAAAAUUAUUUUGCCGCCCAAAGCCAUCAAAGCGGCCGCCGAUAAGAAACAAAAGCCCGACUUUUUCUAUGCCAUGGAAUUACUGGAGACGACAGGUAUUUGUGUGGUUCCCGGUUCUGGAUUCGGCCAAAUAGAGGGAACAUAUCAUUUCCGGACAACUAUUUUACCCCAAAUUGAAAACUUGCGUAAAAUGAUGAGUAAAUUCAAGGAAUUUCAUUUGAAUUUUGUUAAUAAAUACAAGUAAUAUAAAAGUCAUUUUGUUUGACAAUGAAAUAUAAAUAUUAAUCCUUUUUAUAAAUAUACUGUAAGCAAUAAAUUAGGCGUU